AGUCGUUCUGUAAAAAAGAAACAGCAAACGAUCACGAUCAUCACCGCACCAUUGUCGCCGCAUCGAAACGCCGUCGUUUGAAACACGGCGCGAAGAACCAUUGCGGCGUUCGAUCCAAUUCCACAUUCACGUUCACGUUCUAUUUCACCAACAUUCACAUUUCGCCUCCUCAAUUUCCUUUAAUUUUGUAUUAAACCCGCAUUGCGAUUCCUCCGACCAUUUUUCCCGCUGCAGCUCCAGUUUUCGGAGCCCUAAUUUUUCUCAUUACGAACCGUACAUUGUGUUGCUGUUGAUGCAACGGUUUUCUUCUGAUUAACUGCAUUGUCAUCAUCGGAAUUUGUAUCAGACACCUGAAUUGGAAAUCCAACGACGGUGGCGAUUUCAAUUUUUGAGGAAUUUAGGGUUUUCAGCGAAGGUUUUAGGAAUGUGUAGGGUUUAAGCAUGCAUAUAGCUGGUAAUGUAAUUGAAAUCGGGGUGGUUUUGUUUUGGUUGAAAUGAGAGGAACGUUGGUCUUAGUUUUGUUGAUGAUGGUAGAUUCAAUAUGGUGAGGUUCUUAGGAUUGACUCGUGGGGAGGACGAAGAACCGAGAGAAAUCGCUUCGAGGCCCAAUCUGACGAGUGAUUCCAGUGAAAAUGGAUGGCUUAUCAGAUUCUUUGACUCUUCAUUCUUCUGUGAGUGGAUUGCUGUUAGCUAUUUAUACAAGCAUGAUCACGCAGGAGUGCGCGAUUAUCUCUGUAAUAGAAUGUACACACUUCCCUUGCAGGGAAUUGAGGGUUAUUUCUUUCAAGUGUGUUACAUGAUGAUACACAAACCUAGUCCCUCUUUGGAUAAAUUUGUUAUAGAUGUGUGUGCCAAGUCGCUUAAGAUUGCGUUGAAGGUGCAUUGGUUCUUGUUGGCUGAGCUUGAGGACUCUGAUGACAAUAAUGACGCGAUUAGUAAGAUGCAGGAGAAGUGUCAGGUUGCAGCCACCUUGAUGGGUGAGUGGCCGCCCUUGAUACGGCCUCAAAGUGCACCUACAAGUCCUCCAGGCAAGAACCAAGUUUUGAGUAAGAUAUUUUCAUCAAAACACCGAUUGUUGUCGUUAAGAUCUUCUCAGCCUGCACAGAGAUCCAUGUCUUUUUCGCCUUCUUCUUCGGGAACCAAUUUGCAAGAGGAUGGUAAUCCACGGUCUCCCGAAGAAAACAAGUUAAUUAGGAAAUUUAUGCCGGGUCUGAAGGUUAGAGAUGCUUUGCUUUUAAGGAAGUUGGUUGAGAAGGAUGAUGAUGACUCUGAGAAGGCUGGUUUUUUAAAGAGGCUUUUGAGAGAUAGUAAAGGUGAUGAUGAUUUGGGCCCAAAAAUUCGUGAUGCUUUUCUCUUCCGCGAGUCAUCUGAGAAAUGUGAAGAAGAUUUUGAAAAGGAUAAUUUCUUUAAAAGGCUCUUAAGGGACAGUAGAGGGGACGAUGAAUACUCUGAAAAGGAUAAUUUCUUUAAAAGGCUCUUAAGGGACAGUAGAGGUGGUGAAGAUGAAGAUUUGGCUUCAAGUUCAGAGGGAUCUUUUAAGCGAUUGGUUCGUGAUAGCAAGAAUGAUUCUGAGGAUAAAACACACACUCCAACAAUGGAAGACGAAGAAAAGGAAGGAUUUUUUCGAAAGUUUUACCGUGAGAAAUUUGAAGAUAAAAGGGGUGGAAAUAUUGGUAAUUCUGAAGAGAAAUGCGCAAAUUUUGUCGAAGAGGAUGAAAAAGAAGGAUUUUUCCAGAAAUUAUUUAAGGAUAAAAUUGAGGACAAGAGAGAUAUCAAUGAUAAAAUCGAAGAUGAUACUACCAAUGUGGAGAAAGAAGAGCCUUCUGAGUUUUCUUUGCUCAAAAGACUUUUUCGUGUGCACCCUGAAGAUGGUAAAGGUGGUUCAACCAAUGAAAACAAUAAUAGUGGCUUACUUGAAAGUAGUUCAGGCUCAGAAAAUUUCUUCCGCAAAUUAUUUAGAGAUCAUGACUGUUCAAUUGAAGAUUCAGAGCUAUUGGGGUCAAAAAAGGAUAAAGAGAAGUGUGCUGGAUCACCAAAGCAGCGAAGUGAGAAAUCAGGAACAAAGCCCCCUCUUCCAAUUAAUUUGCAACAGUUUCGGAAAGGAGCAUACCACGGGUCAUUGGAUUUUGUGCUGUCAUUGUGUGAGACAUCAUUUGGGUUAGUUGAUGUAUUUCCAAUUGAAGAUCGCAAGCGUGCUCUGCAUGAGUCACUUGCAGAAAUCAAUUUGCAUUUAACAGAGGCUCAUGCUACUGGAGGCGUUUGUUUUCCAUUGGGAAAGGGCAUGUACCGUGUACUUCAUAUACCUGAAGAUGAAUCUGUUCUCCUGAAUUCUAGGGAGAAGGCGCCUUACCUGAUUUGUGUUGAAAUUUUGAGAUGUGAAAUGCCCAGCAUUUCCAAGGAGGCAUCUACUUCUCAGAAACUUUCUAAAGCUGGAAUCCCUUUGGCAAAUGGAGACGCUUUCUUGCAAAAACCACCCCCUUGGGCUUAUCCAUUGUGGACAGCACAGGAGGCAUAUCGUAAUAGCAAUGAUAGAAUGUCCAGAUCAACUGCUCAGGCUAUUGACCAGGCAAUGACCCAUGUAUCUGAGGCAAAAAUGAGAAUUGUUAGCGUGAAUCUUUCUGUGGAAAAACAAUCACAUGGUCAGCUGGAGAAGACUAAUGUGGAUCCACACGGUAUUGAACGGCGUCCUACUUCAAUUUAUAGAGAGCGUAUACAAAUAGAAAGACCAGAGCAUGACAAUGACGUGGAGUGGGUAAGGGUAGUUUUGAAAGCUGAUCCUGGGGUUAGAAUGGAAGAUAUUGAGGAUCCUGCUCCACGACGAAGAAAGGAGCAUCGCCGUAUUCCAAGCAUAGUAGCACUGGAGGAAGUAAAGGCUGCGGCAGCAAAAGGGAAAGCACCUCUUGGACUCCCUUUGAAAGGAGCUGGUCAAGAUUCAUCAGAUGCAAAACCAAGGGCAAAUGGAAUUAUUCCUAAAGCCAGUGAUGCCUUGUCUGGUGAACUUUGGGAGGUAAAGAAAGAGAGGAUAAAGAAGGCUUCUGUACAUGGAAACUUACCUGGUUGGGACUUGAGAUCUGUUAUUGUAAAGAGUGGCGACGAUUGUAGGCAGGAGCAUCUGGCAGUUCAACUUAUUUCACAUUUCUAUGAUAUUUUCCAAGAAGCUGGUCUUCCUCUCUGGCUGCGCCCGUAUGAAGUGUUAUGCACUUCUUCUUACACUGCUCUUAUCGAAACAAUUCCAGAUACGGCUUCUCUACAUUCUAUCAAGAGUAGAUAUCCCAACAUUUCAAGUUUACGGGAAUUCUAUAUUGCCAAGUAUCUAGAAGAUUCUCCAAAUUUUAAACUUGCUCAGAGGAACUUUGUUGAAAGCAUGGCUGGAUAUUCUUUGGUUUGCUACCUUCUUCAGGUAAAGGAUAGGCAUAAUGGGAACCUCUUAUUGGAUGAGGAAGGCCAUAUCAUACAUAUAGAUUUUGGCUUCAUGCUUUCCAAUUCACCUGGUGGUGUUAAUUUUGAAAGUGCACCUUUCAAAUUAACUCGGGAGCUUCUUGAGGUUAUGGACUCUGAUGCUGAGGGACUUCCAAGCGAGUUCUUUGAUUAUUUCAAGGUUUUAUGCAUUCAAGGCUUUCUUACUUGCCGUAAGCAUGCUGAGCGUAUUAUUCUUCUUGUUGAGAUGUUGCAGGACUCUGGUUUCCCCUGCUUUAACGGUGGUCCGCGGACAAUACAGAACCUAAGAAAGCGAUUCCAUCUCAGUUUAACCGAAGAGCAAUGUGUAUCUUUGGUGCUUUCACUUAUUAGCAGCAGCCUGGAUGCAUGGCGAACACGACAGUAUGAUUAUUACCAGAAGGUUUUGAAUGGAAUAUUGUGGCUGGAUGCAUCCUCUUUUCUUGUGAUGUCAAUAGGAGUAAUUUUCGUGCUAAUGAAGCUCUGCUAUUUGGAGAAGUUGCAUUGGCCUCCUAAAUGCCACUUUGAGGUAAAUCAAAUUGUACAGUGAUUUUAGCGGGAGUACAGAUAAGAUAAGUUUUUUGGAUGUUGAUAUGAGUACGACGUAAGCUGUUUGAUUCAUUGAAGCUUUUAGGGGGUGUUUAAUUCGUUGAUUUGUUGAUUCGUUGAUUCAUUGAAGCUGUUUUGGAUAUCUAUUAUCAAGGGCAGGCAUCUCCUUUGGCAAUUCUUCCAAAUCUCAGCUGAUUUAUGGUGUCUCUCUUUGCAAAGUUUGAUUCUUCAUUACUUACAAUGCAAAAUUGUUGUUAGAGUUCCUUAAUGAUGUAUAAAGUGUAAUUGACCCUCCUUACUUUUCACGGUGAAAUUUUUUCACAUUCAUAUCAAUCAUAAAAGUUUUGGUGAUA